AUGGAAGACACAAAAACGACGGUGUCAUUGUACGCCGCUGACCACGGGUGCGAAGGAAGAGGCGCCGGCGGAAAGUUUCGGAAACCGUCGGGGAGGAAGCCACCAGCGAUGCCUUAUGCCCGUCCGCCCCCGACCAAUAAUCAAAAUGGCCGUGGCUGGUUGUCGAAGAUUGUCGUUCCUGCCUGUCGUCUUAUAACUGGUGGCGCCACCAAGAUCUUCCCUUCAUUCUUCUCCAAGUCGGCCUCCUCUCCCGCUCUUCCUUUGGCGGGGAACAAUGAUAGACUGGAUGCUGAACUGCCAGCAAAUGCUGAAGAUAGUGUCAAAGGCAGUUCAAGUUCUCUACAAUUCAGAUCUGCCGAAAUAGGUGGUCCAAGUGAAGUUGCUGAUGGAUUGAACCAAGUUUUUGAUCACAAUGAGUUUGUACAAGACAAAGUAAAAAAUUCUAGUGAUGGUACUGACUUUUCGAGAUUCGAACAGCUGUUGAAAGGAAAAACAUUUUCCAGAGAGGAAAUCAACCAUUUGCUGGAAAUAUUGAAUUCUAGGGCGGACAUGGAGGGGGAAAAGAAGAAUCCUAGUGGAGGAGAUGCUGAACUGGUUAUGUUGACACAAGAAAUUCCUAGAACACCAGUUGAAGAAAAACAGCAAGACACAAACAGACCUAUCAUUGGAACUCCUAUUCAAAAAUCAGAUGUUACACGGACGCAAAAAAUCCCAAGAACACCACUUGAGGGAAAACAGGAAGAGAGAGAGAGACAUAUUGGAACUUCUCUCCAAAAAACAGACGUUAAAGAUGCUAUUGGUGCCUCCCCAGUUGAUAUUGCUCAGGCAUAUAUGGGUAGUCGUACCUCAGAACGAGGCCAUGACCCCUAUAGUUUAAUGCUAAAAAGCAAAAGAGCUCAACAAAGUCAAAGAGGCAGAUAUGGACAUGUUGAUUUUCCUAGAACCCCAUAUUCUAGAACCAUAGCGUCCAAGUCCAGCAUCAAGUUACAAGCUGAUAGCAGGUUCCAGAACAGAUCAUCUACGCUCUUUCAGCAAGCUCAUACAUCCAUUUAUGGGCAGGAGAAAGGGGGUGAUGCAGUUGAAAGCUAUGGGUCUGUGGGGCCUAUUCGUCGGAUUAGGAAUAAGUUUGCUUCUGAAUUUCGACCAAGAGGAUCUAUUUUCCAGAAAUCAUCUAUAGAUGCUCAUCCUGAAAUGGUAAAACCUACUCUUUCUAAAGGUCUCUUGCCUAGUACAGAAAAGAAACUGGAACGUGGUGAAACUAGUAGUGCUUCUAAGUACAUGAUAGAGGAGCCUGCUGUAGGUAGCUCUGAAUCAGGAUUCCAAAAUCUAAAUCAGUCUUCUCCUAGUGAGGCAGUUAGAAAAAUAUUAGAACACCUCGACAAAAACAAACCCACGCCUAAAGAAAAGGCAGCUGAAUUGAAGCUUGCCACUACAUGGAGAAAAACUCCUGAUGAUGCCUCUGAUGCUGUUCCCAAGGGAAAUGUCAGCUCAUUGAAGUUUCGAGAACUCAGUUCUCAUAAGAACACCAGUUUGGAGAAAGGCCGGGAUGAAGUUAACGGGAAUGCUAAUGAAAAUGCCAAAGCUUCUACUACUGGUGUUUUUUUCCCUAGUAUGAUCCCUGGUGCCAAUGAAAUACCGGCUUUUGGUUUUAAAAGAACUUUUGAUCCCCAGGUCAAGAAUUUAGACGAGAAGUCUUUCAUCAUAACUAGCAAUGGCCAGAAGGAGACGACCAAUCCCACUGGCCUUGUGCCGUCCAAGGAUCAGUCGACCCUUUCUCAUGGAGACAACCCAUUUUUGCCUUCAAGUUCCAUCAGCAGGCCCAAUCCCAAUGCAGUUUCUUCUGUUAAUGGCCUGGGCUUCAUUUUCCCCAUUUCUGCAAGUUCAGGGUUCCUCUCUGAGCCCCUAACUCCUUCCAUAGUGCAUUCAUCUUCAACAAGUGCUCCGUCUCAGCCAAAGGAUGUGCCUGCUGCUGUGCCUUCUUACAGUUUUGGCACAAAUAAGUCUACUCGUCUCGUUUUCUCGUUUCCGUCUACGAGCAGUACCUCACAACCUGAUUCUUCUGAUAUUAAGUUUCAGUUUGGAUCAGAUAAGAAGGCUAGAUUGUCUUUUAGAACAUUAGGGAAAGACACCAUCUGCUGCUGA